CGGCUGGGCGCGUGCUGUGGGAUUGGGUGCAGCAGUCACGGGACCGCAUAGCGCCUGCCUGCUGUUGUUGGUGCAAUGGCAUCCUCCAUGUACCACCUGCCAUGGAUUAUAGACAACAAUGUGGCCAUCACCCUGCCAAGCUGCAUGUACCGGAUGACGCCGAUCAUUGCUGGUCUUCCAGAUAUCAACUGUGACCAGAAGGAUGCGGGCAAGCUAUCAGCAAGCACCGACACAGCUGCGUCAGAUUUGGCGCAGCUAGAGCGUCGCCAGGAUACGAUUCUGGCGCGGCUAGCCGCUCUCAAGGGUCAGGUUGAGACGGCGCGGCAACAGCUGGGUGCCAGCAGCAGUGUCGCCGCUACCAUGGCAACCCCGCCCAGCCAACUGCCGGCGCUGAGCGGUGACGUGGUGGUGGUGGCGUCGCCGUCGCGGCCGCCGCACUCGCUGCUGCUGCUGCGUCGUCUCGUGCCGGCCCUCUCGCUCACCAGCCACGUGCACUCGACGGCGCCGCCCGUGGCGGACGCGCUGGGUCGACUGUUCCGGUGGCGCGGGGCUGACGGCGGCCCCCACCUCAGGCUCAUCUGGAAACAGGUGUCGGGUGAGCCCCAGCUGCUCGUCUCGGCCGACCAGCCGUGCCCGCUGGUCGGCGAGGACCAGCUGUGCCGGUUCCUGGCGCGCUCGCUGCUGCCGGGCCAUUACGAGGCCGGCGGCGAGGCGCGAGCGGCGCGCGUCGACCAGCUGCUGGAGGAGGGCGGCCAGCUGCUGCACGGCGCGGGCAAACAGCGUCAGGCGGCGCUGCGGUCUCUGGACGCCGUGCUGGCACGCCAGCCGUACCUGCUCGGCUCGGAGCUGACGCUAGUGGACGCGGCAGUUUGGUCGGCCCUCCGCGCGGCUGCGCUGCAGUCGCCGCCCAGCGUCACGGCGUGGGGCGCGCGACUGGCGGUGGCGGCCGGGCUAGGUGUUGACACGGGUGCCGCGCGCGUCUCCGUCGCUCUCCCGAGCGAACCCCGCGCCGACGCCAGACCGGCCGCCCAGCGCGCGCCGGCUGCGACUGCCCCCGCAGCGCCCUCUGCCGCGCCGCCGCCGCCGCCUGCCGGCGGUCACAUGAACCAGCCGCAGCUGCUGGCGUUCCUGGAGCGGCUCGGGAUCGCGACCGAGACGAUCUCGCACCCAGCUGUCUUCACCGUGGAGGCGAUGAUGCCGCACCUGGCGCGCGUGAAGGGCGCGGUCACCAAGAACCUCUUCCUCCGCGACAAGAAGAAGCAGCUGUACCUGCUGUCGGCGCGGCACGACGUCGAAUUCCGGCUGACCGACCUCGCUCGCCGCGUGCCCGGCGCCAAGGAGUUCCGUUUUGGCGACGAGGAGGUGAUGCUGGCGCUGCUGGGCGUGCGCCAGGGCUGCGUCACCGCCCUCGCGCUCGCCAACGACGGGGGGAAGGCCGUCCGCUUCCUCGUGGACUCGAAGCUGAUGGACGGCACGUUUGAUAAGCUCUGGUUCCACCCGCUGAGCAACGAGGCCACCACGGGGCUGUCGGUGGGUGACUUCAAGAAGUUCCUUGCCGCCACGGAGCACGAGCCAGUCCUGGUGGAUCUGUAGCUUGGUUUUGGGGCGUUCGGUGCGAGCGGUGCUCACCUCUUCAGCCGGCAGAAACCCAUGUUUGAACUGCCUCUUGUUUUGGGACUCCAAUGACAUAAUAACAGGCUGUUACGAUG